CCUAUGUAUAUGUGUACAUAUAUCAAAAAAAUCCAAAUCGAUUGGCUGCCUAGUUAGGCGUUUCUGAUAAGAUAGAAGACGCCUCGAGCCAGCGAACACGGCACUGCACGUACAAAGAGAGAGAAUCGGACGGACACACACACACACACACACCCACACACACCCAUACACGUUCACAUUCCAGAAAAAGCGAUACAUAACCGGCCUGAAACACCGAGAGCUGCGCCAAGUCCCAAGAACUAGUCGUGAUUAUACAAUUAUUAGGCAAGCAGCAAGCAAGGAGUAGGAGACAUGAGCAGUGCCGAGCAAGCCAACGUUACCAUUGUCAGUGCCAACGGGCAUGCGCCGAGCAUGGAGCUUGGCGACAGCGACAGCAGCUCGACAGAAGCAACAAUUACAUUGAGCAACAACGACCAGUUGCAGAUCAUGGGCCAGCUGCGUAGCAUUGAGCAGAUCAAUGAGCAGCGACGCAUCUUCCUGAAGAGCACCAUCAAUGAGAUACAGGAGGGGAACAGCAGCGAGGCAGCGGAGGAAGUGCCAGAGCUAAGAAGACAAGUGACGCCGCCCAAUAGUCUGGCGCUCAGUGUGAAGUAUGCCACGCUGCCAAGUCCAUCGUUGGCCACAUCGACGCUGGUGCGUUCGCCGCUGUCGCCGCCGCCCAAGCCGCCGAUGCUAAGCCGGACGCGCAGCUCAUGCUCGGGUGAUGCACGCUCGCCGCUGGGCAAUGGUGAGGCGUCUCUGUUGCGACACAGUGCCACAGAAACUGCCUUGUCGCAAGCUGCUAAAGCACCAGCAACGACAACAGCCACGCCCACUCCGGCACCAGCAACAACAGCAGCAGCAGCAACAGCAGCAACAUCAACCACAACAGCAACAAAAACGUCCAUCGAGCAGACUGCACAGCCAGCUUCCAUAUCGGCCAAGCACUAUGAGAGCUUAAUCGAGGAGCUGCGCUGUCCGGGCUGUGCCAGCCCCAUGAAGGCGCCCGUCCUGCUCUGCAAGAGCGGGCACAGCGUGUGCGAGCAGUGCACCCGCAUCCGCCUAAUGUGUCCGCUGUGUAAGGAGGCAUUCACGAAUUCGCGCUCGCUGACCAUUGAGGCAUUGUGUGCCAAGGCGCAUUUCGGAUGCAGCUUCGCGGCGGGCGGGUGUGUGGUUCGGAUGCCGGUGGCGCUGCUGCCGUGGCACGAACAGCAGUGCAUCUAUAAGCCGAUGAAGUGCUUCAUGGGACGCGUGUGGGGCGAUUGCAAAUGGCAGGGCCGGGAGGUGCAGUGGAAGCAGCACCUGGAGGAGCAGCACACGACGAAGCUGUUCUGUGCGCCCACUGCAGAUCUGGUUUGGAAUAUGGCCAAGCAGAUUAGACCGCUGACGGGCUACUACGUGUUCCAGGCAUAUGAUGAGAUGUUCAACUUUUACGAGAUCUACGACAAGCAGCGCAUCCUCUUCACCAUGACGUGCACCUCGAAUCGGCGCGAAAGCAAAUAUAACUAUGCCUACGAAGUGACUCUGCUGCAGCCGAACAAUGAGGCGCUAUCGCUGACCCAAAAGUUUCCCGUUCAUAGCGAAUACGACAAGGACAUUCUGCUCGAAGGCACCUGCGUCAGCAUUGGGCUCAACGAACUGUCGCGCUUUGUCGACGACGACAAGCUACUCCAUUAUCGGGUGACUGUUAUGGCGGUCAGAUCGCCGCGCCUUUCCAAGCCUAUGCGACAGAGUCUGCCACAGCCGCUCGACUAUCAGCAGACGAAGAAUGCCGGAGGCAAUGGCAAGAGCGUGCCCGCCUGCAUGAUCAUAACACGCACCUACAAGGAGGCCGUCGGCGAGGUGGCCAAUAUAUCAGCUACUCCAGAAACACCGGAUAGCGAGGAAAGCGGCCCCGGCUUGGAGCUGGAACGUAAAUGGGGCACCCCACAGUUGCACUUCAAUCGCAAAUAUUUGAACAAUACGUCCAGCGACGUCUCCAAUAAUAGCGAUGCAAAGGAGGACAUACUGUGCCCGCUCCAAGAGACGCGCGCCAGUGUCCAGGCGGCCAACGAGGACAAGCUCUCCACGUGCAGCAACAGCACUAGCUACACCAAAAAGGUCUCCAACUCCUUGCGCAGAAGUAUCCGUUCGCUGAAAUAUGACUUAAUGGAUCUGCGACCGUUUGCCAAGAAGAAGUCCACUGCGACGCCUGCAAAACCAGCAGCAGCAGCAGCAACAACAACCACAAAAGUAGCUGCAGCUAAUCAGUAGAGUUGGCUGCCAUUUCAUGGAAACAUAUUUAUAGAUGUAUACAGACUCCCUGUCAGAUCAGAUUACUUGUGAUUUAACUACGGCUAACAAUAUGUAAAUAGUUUUUUUUUAUUCAACAAUUUGGGGUUUCACGGUUCCUUAAAGUUGUUAUCUGAAUUGGAUAUUGUUUACAAUAAACUCAUAAAUAAAAGACGAAAUACUCCAACACAAAAAAGCAAAGGGCUUAGACACUAUGUGAAAGGUUUAAAGUUAACAUAAAUCAAUAUUUUCAAAAGCUGUCGCUUGAAUUAAUUAAGUUUGCUUAUCUCUCUCACUAGAAAUGAUCUUCAAAUUACUUUUUUUAUAAAUAUAUGCCUCAAUUUGAGCAUAAUAAUGUUUUUGUUUUGUCGUUAACUUUUCCUUUUCGAAUUCCUAACUUGUAUCUGGCUAAAUAUAAAUGUUACUUCGUGUAUUUUUACAUAAUAAACU